AUGGGUGAAGAAAAGAAAGAAAAGAAAGAGAAAAAAGAGAAAAAAGAAAAGAAGGAAAAGGAAAAGGAAGAUGUGGACGCGCCAGCAGAGGAGAAAAAAGAGGGAGGUGGUGGUGGCAAGCGCGCUCAACGCGCCACCUCGAACGUUUUCGGCAUGUUUCCUCAAAACCAGAUUCAAGAGUUCAAAGAGGCAUUUACCCUCAUCGAUCAGAAUCGUGAUGGAUUUAUCGAUAUUGAGGAUCUAAAAGACAUGUACGCCUCGUUCGGUCGAACCGUUGCAGAGUCUGAACUCAAAGAAAUGCUUGAUGAAUCUCCAGGCCCGCUGAAUUUCACCAUGUUCAUUACGUUGUUUGGUGAGAAACUCAGCGGGACGGACCCAGAGGAUGCCUUGAGAAAUGCCUUCGCAGCAUUUGACCCCGGAAAUAAAAGAUACCUAGAGGAGGAAUACAUCAAGGAUCUCCUCCAAAACAUGGGUGACAAUUUCAGCCAAGAGGAGAUUCGUCAGACAUGGAAAGAAGCACCUAUCAAGAAUGGGAAAUUAGACUAUGAUCAAUUCGUCACUCUAAUCAAACGUGGCAAUCAAGAUGUCUAA